UCAUUCAACUAAUAAAUUGAAUUUUUGCAGUGGGAAAAAACAUGGCAACACAUUUACUUAAGGAUCAAUUCAAGUGCUGCAUCUGUCUGGACAUCUACACUGACCCGGUGUCCAUCCCAUGUGCGCACAACUUCUGCCUGGACUGUAUCGAAGGCUACUGGGACAUCAAGGGCAAGUCGGAAUGUCCUCUGUGCAAGAACCUGUUCCGGAAACGUCCGUCGCUCAAUAUCAACCUGGAUUUCGCCAACAUGAUCGAAGUCCUCAAAAGGGCGACACAAGAAGACGGCGACGCUGAGGUCCAGCCGGGCUGCAGCAGCGGCCUGCUGCCGAGCCAGCGCUCGCUCGAUGCCGACGUCGCCUGCGACGUCUGCCAAGGGGACAAGCUGCCGGCGGUGAAGUCGUGCCUGGUCUGCCAGGCGUCGUACUGCGAGACUCACGUGGAGCCUCACUGCACGGUGCCCGCGCUGCAGUGGCACCGGCUCCUGGACCCGGCCUCGUUCACCAGCAGCCACGUGUGCAGGAAGCACGACGAGCCGCUGACGCUCUUCUGCAAGACCGACCAGCGGCCCGUGUGCACAAAGUGCACAGAGGGGACCCACCGGCGCCACCAGGUGGUCCCUCUGGAGAAGGAGAGCAAGAGGAUCAAGACUCACAUGAAAGCGACAAAGAUGAACAUUCAGCAGUUGAUCCAGACCCGUCAGAGGAAAAUGGAGGAGAUCAGAAAUUCGGUGGACCAGAGCAAAAAAAACACAGACCGGGAGAUCGAGAGCAACGCUCACGUCUACACCACGCUGAUAAAGGCUAUCCAUGAGCACUACUCUGGGCUGGUGGAGGAGCUGGAGGAGAAGCACGCAGAGGCCGAGCGGAAGGCGAAGGAGCUGCUGGAGGAGCUGGAACAGGAAAUCCAAGAGCUUCAGAUGCGGUGCGACGAGCUGCGGCAGCUGAAGCUCACCAAGAACCCACUUCACCUCCUGCAGGGUUUUCCGUCACUCAGUAUUCUCCCACCCACUCAAGACUGGUCUGACAUCACGAUCCACGCCGACAACUCUUUGUGGACGGUGAGACGAGCCAUCAACAAGAUGUCUGAUGUCUGUCAGGAGUUUGUGAACCAGCUGUCUGCAGAAGAAGCAGAAAAGAUGAAUCAAUACGCAGUGGAUGUGACUCUGGAUCCUGAGACUGCGUCAGGAUGGCUCAUGCUGUCUCCAGACGGGAAAAAGGUGAGCGUCAGCAGCCAGAAAAGAAAGACCUCAUUCCCAGAAAACCCUCAGCGCUUUGACACCUGUGUCUGCGUUUUGGGGAAACAAAGCUUCACUUCUGGAAGACGCUACUGGGUCGUCCAGGUCAAAGAUAAAACCGACUGGGACAUCGGCAUCGCGCGGAAGUCCAUCAACAGGAAGGGCUCCAUCGCAGUUUGUCCCGACGGCGGUUUCUGGGCGAUCUGCAGACGCCAGGGCGGCAGUUUGACGGCGUGCGCCGGACGCUCCAGCCCCCUGCACCUCCAGAAGGCUCCCGAGAAAGUGGGCGUGUUUCUGGACUACGAGGAAGGGUCGGUGUCGUUCUACGACGCAGAGGCCAAGACGCACAUCUACACGUACAGCGGCUGCGACUUCGCCGAACCUCUCUACGCUUACUUUAACCCCUGCGUCCAAAACAGCGGCAAAAACGCGGCUCCGCUCGUCAUCUGCGCCCCGCCCACUCGGCACGAGCUCACCAUCGAGUCUUCUGUAUAAUGCAAAACACUGUUUAGUGACUUUUGUAUUUGUUUCAAUUAUUGAAUAGUUGCACUGUGUUGUUGUAUUAAUAUUUAAGCAUCACUGACCUCGUCUCUGUUCACACCGAGUGAACAACGCACAUGACAAGAUAGAAAACUGUAAAUUUAAAUGUAAAUAGAAUGUUUUUAAAUGUUAUAAUUGUGACUAAAAUAAAAGUGAAUGUUUUACA